AAAACGUACCCGGAAGCACUACAGGUGGCUAUUCAGCGGUGUAGUGACAGUGCAGCCUGACAUUUUCUUUUGGCAGCAAAAGAGAAACAUAUGAAAUGAAACAUUUGGAAGUCUUACACUAGAAGCGGAGUGUCGGAAUUAAACGACGAAACGAGGGCGCCGUAAAGGGGGAAAAAGUUAGGACAAUUCCAAGGGCCCAAGACUGACAGGGACCCCAGUAAAUAGAUUGAUUGUCAUCCAGCGUUUCUUCCAACAUUUCAACUCAAAUGUCUUCUGGGUGUCCACCCCAGUCACCUGCUGUGGCAAAGUCUGAAGUAGCAAUCGACGGAGAAUGUCCACUGCUGGCUGCCACCUUUGCCUACUGGGACAAUAUCCUAGGGCCGCGUGUGCAUCAUAUUUGGGCACCAAAGUGUGAUCAGGGGAUAUUUCUCAGUGAUGGAGAUGUGACGUUCUUGGCAAAUCACACACUCAAUGGCGAGAUUCUGCGGAGUGCAGAGUGCGGAGCAGUGGAUGUUAAGUUUUUUGUCUUAGCGGAGAAGGGUGUCAUCAUUGUGUCACUCAUCUUCGAUGGUGAACUUAAGGGGGACAAGAACACCUGUGCCUUGUCCAUUAUUCUGCCACAGACCGAGCUGGCCUUCUACCUACCUUUACACACCAUCUGCGUGGAGAGGCUCAAACAUGCUAUUCGCAAGGGACGCAUUUGGAUGCAGAAGGGCUACAACAUCAUCGCAGUGCUGAGCUUGGAGAUUGUCCCGAUUAUGGAGCUGCUUGCUUCCAUGAAGACACACAGUGUGCCUGAAGACAUAGAUAUAAAAGACACAGUACUAAAUGAUGAUGACAUCGGAGACAGCUGCCAUGAGGAUUUCCUCCACAAGUCCAUCAGCUCUCAUUUCCAGACUUGUGGCUGUUCAGUAGUGGUGGGAAGCAACCCAGAGAAAGUAAACAAGAUGGUGCGGACGCUCUGCCUCUUCCUUACCGCUGCUGAGAAGAAAUGUUCUCGCCUUUGUAAGGCGGACUCAUCCUUCAAAUAUGAUACAGGCCUCUUUGUUCAGGGUCUGCUGAAGGACUCAACUGGUAGCUUUGUACUGCCCUUCCGCCAAGUUCUCUACUCCCCUUAUCCGACCACACACAUCGACGUCGACAUCAACACAGUCAAGCAAAUGCCACCCUGUCAUGAGCAUACUUACAACCAGCGCCGCUAUAUGCGGUCUGAACUAAACACUCUUUGGAAGACUGACAGUGAAGAGGACAUACCUCCUGACACUGUCAUCCCCACCGAUGACACUUUUACACCUGACUUGAAUAUAUUUCAAGAUGUCAUGCAUAAAGAUACUUUGGUCAAGUCAUUUAUAGAUGAGGUGUUCAUGCUGAAGCCUGGCCUGUCCCUGCGGAGUGCCUAUCUGGCUCAGUUCCUACUGCUGCUCCACAGGAAGGCGCUCACACUGCUAAAGUACAUUGAGGAUGAAACGCAAAAGGGGAAGAAGCCUUUCCAGUCCUUGCGCAACUUAAAGAACGACCUGAAUCUGACAGUGGAAGGAGACCUGAACAUUGUCAUGGCCUUCGCUGAAAAGCUGAGGGCAGGCUUGCACUCCUUUGUGUUUGGAAAGUCAUUCUAUACCAGCAUGCAGGAGCGAGACAUCCUCAUGAACUUCUGAUUCUGUUCUUCACCUGUACUUGAUCAGGGGUGUCCAAAAUGCGGCCCGCAGCUUGUUUUAUAUUGGCAUAUUGCAAAAAUAAAAUCAAUUCUUUAUUAAUGAGAUAUAUUAUAAGUAGGGCUGUCAAAAAUAACGCGUUAAGGGCGGUAACUAAUUUAUUUCAUUAAUUACGUUACAUUUUUUACUGUUAUAAACGCAUGCACACCAGAGCAAGCAUGCCUCUGUUAUGAUGGCAGAUGUAGCGUCCCCACACAGUCGCACAGAGUCUGACGCUCUUUUAUUACUUCAUUCUGACCUGAACACAUCAACAGCAGUGCAAUUCCAACACCAUACAGUAUACUGUAUGUAUCUCCAACUCACACUGAUCUCUUGUCCGUUCAUCCUGGGAACGACACUUCCUCAUUCUCAUUACAAGAACACAAGAUGCAUUCAGGGACACUCCGAACAUCACAAAAAACGGCUUUAUAAUACGUGCAUGCGUGUGUAUGGAAAUAAACAGGAAGAUAAAGAAAAACAUGAAAUAGAUAUUCCUAUCAAUCACUUUGUUACUCUUAAUUCGGAUGUACAAUUUGCAACAUUUAAGUAUGCUGGAAGAUACACUGAAAACAAGUACAUUUACCGUACUUAAAUUACGGUCUUUGAACGCAACCCCUCAUUGCUUAUACUGUAAUAACAGGGUUUAAAAUGUGAUUCAAAUGUUCUGCUACUAUUAAAGAGACUAGUGUGGUAUCUUUUAACUUGAUUGACAUAUUCAGUACAUUUGGAGCUGUUAAUACAUAAAUAUAUAUAAUACUGUCCUGUCAUUUCCCUUUCGUUUUAAUUAAAUUCAGUCAAAAGGGGCAUAUUUAAGACAUGGUUGCGAAUGGUGAUUAAUCAUGAUUGAUUUAAACACUGUGAUUAAUCUGCUACAUUUAAAAAAAAUAUUUGACAGCCCUAAUUAUAAGAUAUCACAAUAACUUGCUUUGUCACGAAUAACACAAAGCUAACAUGUUGAUAUUUUUACCUACAUUGGAUUGGUUUUGGCGUCUUUAUUGUACAAAAUGCAUCAAAGUGGCCGCUCAUCCUAAGCAUUUUUUUGUAUGCGACACUCAGUGGAAAAUGUUUGGACACCUGGUCUAGACAGUUUGUUCAUUUAAUUUUUUUUUUAUUAUUAUUUUUAUUGUUACAGGAAUGCAUCGUUGUGUUGUUUUCAUACCUGCAAUUGCUGUUUCCGCCUUCUUUUAUGUAUUCUGUUGUACAAGGAAACAUUUUAAAUAUAUCCUGCUUCCAUGAGCCAUUACAAUCAAACUUUUAUUAUACUUCACUAGUCUGCUGUUAUAAUGUGAUUUCUGUGUUUUGAGAAGUUCUUAUGCGCCUGAAUAAAACAUUAUGUUAAAAUUGUCUCUAGAAUCCACCAGGAUGUGCCGAGUUGAUUUAUUUAUUUUUUUUAAGUAGUAGCUCUUUUGAUUACUUGAAUGCCUGUGUGAAGCAAAGCCAUUAGGUGGAUUGCUGUUUUUAAAAUGAUGAAUUGAUGUCUGCUAAUUGGAAGGUAACAAGUUCAUUGUCAUUGUCAAUAUAUUUUGAGUUAUGCAUAUUUCAGCAAAUAUAAAAAAGACACAAUAAAUGCAAAUUAAACUGGUCACAA